AUGCGGCUUGUAGGACUCUGCUGGGCACUCUGGGUGCUGGCCCUGGCGGGCUCUGCGGCGGCCCUCACAGAGGAUCAGGUCCUGGGCAGACUGCUGCAGCAGCUGGGACUGCACCGGGCACCUGUCCUGCACAGGGCCGACGUGGAGGGGCUGGCCAUCCCAGCGCACGUGAGGGCCGAGUACGUGGCUCUAUUGCAGAGCAGCCGAGGGGACCGCUCCCGCGGGAAGAGGUUCAGCCAGAACUUUCGCGAAGUGGCCGGCAGGUUCCUGGCGUCUGAAGCCUCCACGCACCUGCUAGUCUUUGGCCUGGAGCAGCGGCUGCCGCCCCGCAGCGAACUGGUGCAGGCCGUGCUGCGGCUCUUCCAGGAGCCGGUGCCCAAGGCCGCGCUACGCCGGCUGGAGCGGCUGUCUCCGCGCGGCGCCCGGGCCCGCGUCACCGUAGAGUGGCUGCGCGUCCGCGAGGACGGCUCCAACCGCACGUCCCUCAUCGACUCCAGGCUGGUGUCGGUCCACGAGAGCGGCUGGCAGGCGUUCGACGUGACUGAAGCCGUGAACUUCUGGCAGCAGCUGCGUCAGCCCCGCCAGCCCCUGCUGCUGCAGGUGUCCGUGCAGAGGGAGCUCCCGGGUGCGGGUGCGGGAGCCCACAGGCUGGUGCGCUUCACCGCGCAGGGUUCGCGGGCGGCGGGGGCGGAGCCCCAGCUGGAGCUGCACACGCUGGACCUUCAGGACUAUGGAGCUCAAGGCAAUUGUGACCCCGAGGUGGUGGAGCCUGAGAGCACUGGAUGCUGCUGUCAGGGGACAUACCUGGACCUACAGGGAAUGAAGUGGGCUGAGAACUGGGUCCUGGAACCUCCCGGUUUUCUAACCUAUGAGUGUGUGGGCAGCUGCCGGCAGCCUCCAGAGACCCUGACCUUCAAGUGGCCCUUUCUAGGGCCACGGCAGUGCAUUGCCUCAGAGACAGCUGCACUGCCCAUGAUCAUCAAUGUCAAGGAGGGAGGGGGACCCGUUCCCAGGUGGUCAGCCUACCUAACAUGA